AUGCAUUCUGCAGCCUCUCCCUCUUCAGCUGCCCCUACAGGGUCAGCAGACCCUGGUGAAUGUCUUGCAGUUGCGGUGCGAGGAGGCGAGCGCGAUUAUGCAGAUCCGGAAGAAGACAACAAAGGAGAUGCCUCAUGGAUGUCGCCCUUCUUUAAUUCUCCUCAAGCUCUUCGCCUCAGCCUCCAUCUCUUCCCCAAGGCCGAGCAUGCAGGGCAUGCACUCGUUGAAUGCCGGCUCUUUGGAAGAAAUAAAGUUAAGACAUGCAAGUGGAAUGGAUGGGGGUAUUCUGAUACAUACGUCUCUAUGUCCAGUGCAUCUAUGAUCAGACUGCACGGCUCCAGAUAUUCAUUGUGUGGGGUGGACAUGGGCCAUUGGCACGAGUUCGUAGACUCGAUCCCGGGGAUCGAGUUUACGUUCACUUCUCCAGCGCAGGAUGUCCUUGCAAUACCCCCGAAGAGAAAAUACAAUAAGGCUUUCAUUGAAGAUUUAAAGAGAGAGGCCCCGAACGUUGAAUUAGCAGAUUCAGCAGAGGAGCGUCUUUUUCACUGUCACGGCCACACGUGCAAUGAAAUCUUUGAACUGAGAUACGGUGAAGUACCCCGACUGCCAGACCUCGUACUCUACCCUAAAGAACAUAAAGACGUGGAGGUGAUAGUGAAAUUGGCGGUUAAACACAACAUUUGUUUAAUUCCGUUUGGUGGAGGUACCUCAGUGACUUUAGGGGUAGCAGUUCCUGAAGAAGAAGAGAGGAUGGUAGUAACAGUCUCUCUUGCCUUCAUGCAGAAAAUAUUAUUUCUUGAUAGAGAUGCACUUCUUCUUUGGGUUGAGGCGGGGGCUGUCGGAGUUUCACUCGAAGAAAGACUCAAAAAAUACGGUGUUACACUCGGCCAUGAACCCGACAGCAUGGAGUUCAGCACCGUUGGAGGAUGGGUAGCUACCAGAGCUUCAGGAAUGAAGAAGAAUCGGUACGGCAACAUUGAAGAUUUGGUCGUGGAUAUCGUCGUAGUAACAGCCAAAGGCACUCUCUGCGAAAAACUCGCAGCCCCGCGCGUCUCUUCGGGGCCUUCACUUCAACAAAUUAUACUCGGAAGUGAAGGCACCUUAGGCAUUAUAACUCAAGUUAUUCUCAAAGUUAAACUCAUUCCAGAGGUAUAUAUAUAUGCAAACCCUAAACCCUAA